GACUUCCGUUUUGUGGUCACGUGACAGGUGAUUCCCUCUAAACCAGGAAACAUAAGGAAGCUGAUAUUGUAAGACGUGUAAUCCUGAACACUUGAGUGCACAGUGGAAGUUGGCAGUCGUAUUAACGAUAGUUUUUUACAAAGUUAGCAAAUCAGCAUUUUAACAUGGCGACAGACGAGCUAGCAAGUAAGCUGACGAGGAGAUGCAACAUCAAUGAAGGUGUUGAACAGGAAGCUGUGGCCCAUCAGAGCACAGUGUUUAACCCUUACACGGAGUUUAAAGAGUUUUCCAUGAAGCAGAUUAAAGACUUCAAGAAAACGUUUGAGAAGUAUGACACAGGGAAGGACAAAUUCAUUGACUUUGAGGAGUUGAAGCACAUGAUGGAGAAACUGGGGGCGCCCCAGACCCACCUGUCCCUCAAGGCCAUGAUCAAAGAGGUCGACGAGGACUUUGACGGGAAAAUCAGCUUCAGAGAGUUCCUGUUGAUCUUCCGUAAAGCUGCUGCUGGGGAGCUUGCUGAGGACAGUGGACUGGCCGACCUGUACCGCAAUGUCAGCGAGAUAGACGUCGACAAGGAGGGGGUCAAGGGCGCCAAGAACUUCUUCACAGCUAAGAUUGAACAACAAACUGAAUCCACAAAGUUUGAAAGGGAAAUCAGAGAAGAGCAAGAGCAAAAAAAGAAAGAACAAGAAGAAAAGAAAGCGAGGAAAGCAGAAUUCAAAAACAAGGCAAAUUUCUUCGUAGAGCAAAUUGAUGCUCAAAAGUCAUAGCAGAAUACAACCUUUAAUAAGCAUGGUUGCUUUGUAAGUAAGGGAAGUAACUUUUGUUUGGGUAUAUUUAAUGAUGUCAGGGAAAAUAAUUUAAUUUAAAUUUUCCUGAGCAACAGCAUACGGCGAUGACAAAUUACACAAUGGCUGUCAUAAAAAAUCUUAUCAUGCAACAAGCUCCCCUGCUUGCAUCAUACAAGAAUUUGUAUUGAUAUUAAGUUAUUGACCAACAUGUACGAUAACUGCAAUUAUUUUUUAUUAUUUUCACAAAAAAAGUCCUCACCAACUUUUAAAAUCUUAAAACUUACUUUACUCCAAAUAAGGAUCAAAUUAAACUAUUUGAUAUCUGACUUUUGUUGUUUUGAAUUUUUAUCAAGUAGUUGAUAACAAAACGUUGAAUUAAAGACAUGAUUAUUUCAAUUUAUCUAAUAUAGAGCCAUGUUCAUUGUUGUUGUUUAUCUUCAAAUUCUGUUUUAAAACAUCACAUGUUUUGAUGAUGAAGUUUUGUAACAAGCAUUUUACUUCACUUUUUUUAUUUUCACUGUGUGAUUAUCAUGUUUAUGAACUACCUGUACACUUUAAUGUCCUGCUAAUUUACCAUUUAAAGAUCAUAUUCACCUGUUUGUACAAGAAGCAAAAUGUCAAAACCAUGAAUAAUCUUGUAUUGUUAUCUGUAAGUUGCAUCUCAAGUUACUGCCUUCUUCCUCAUUUGCCAAUCUCUUCUGGUAAUGUUUCUUGUAAAUUGACUUCACGCUUUUGUCAAAGGAUUCAUGUUGCAGGGCUUAUUAUCUGUCUGUAAAAAUGGUAGUUUUUUCACAAUGUUGGGAAAUUCACGACUCAAAUUUUAAGAAUUUCAAGAAGUUUGAGUCUCAAAUUUUCACAAUUUCAAUUGAAAUUGAAUAUCUACUUUAUUGUUGAAAGAUUGUUGAUUUAAUGUGAUUUGAAAACAUUUUAACAAUAAAGUAUGCUUAGUGUUUAUAUAAAAGUUAAGCACUGUUGAAAACUGGUUUAACAAAAGAAGAGGAAAAAACUAACUUCCUGUAGACUACAUUAGAGAGUAAAAGCUAACUUCCUGUGGUAUAAGUUACAAAUAUAUGUAGAGUGAAUUGUGAUGUAUAUUAAAACAAACAGGAAACAGUAUGCUAAACAUAUGAUCUUUCUAAAUUAUAUUGAAAUCAAAAUUGUUAUCUACAUUCAUUUUUCAUUGUUGAAUACUUGUUUUGUUUGAGUUUUAAUAUAAAGCUUAAUCAGUUUGUAUGUAGUUUAAAACUUGGUGCAUAUUGUAGCCAUGACACUCUGUGGGUUUUGCUCAAACACUUAGUGACAUUAUGGCUUACAAUAAGAUUAAGUUUAACGACAGUGCUUUUUUGCAGUGAUGUGAUUUUUGUUUGUUUGACAGAUUGGUUCAAGAGUCUAGUGAUGGUAUCUCAUGUCUGUGAAUUACUGGUACAUGUGUAUAUUAAUAUACGAGCCCCAGCUCAGAUAUCACAGUAUUUGCCUUUAUUGUGUUCUGCCACAAGUCCAGUCUUCCUAAAACUUAGUUGAUGCAAUAAUUAUACAAAACCCUUGUAUUGUUGUUGAUUGUUUUAUUCAAGUUUAAUUGAACCAGUAUUUGCAUUAUGUUUUGCUUUGGAUAUUGAAAACAGUGUACAUAUAAAGUAAAGAAGACAGUAUAAGAAAUUUAUAUCGACAAGUAGUUUAUUACUGAAGAGCCAUAAAGUGUGAUGUAAACAUGCUGUUUGUUUUCUCAAGUGGUUUAAUGUCCUGAAUAAUUUAAGCAAUUGUGCAUUAUUCAUGCAAGAUGUAUGCAAUUUAUAGAACUGGUGUUUACAUGUCGAUUCAAUUCACAUUUCUUAAUUGCAGCUGUGUAAAAGAUUUUCAAUGACAUUCAUUUUGAUUGUCAUUUUUUCACAUUUAGUUUUACAUAUCAGGACGUUAUUGAAUUUAAUAUUGAAUGAGCUCUUUGCAAUUAUUGGUAUAAAUUGAACAAAAUUCCCAUGUUUUGGCAGUUCUUUGUUUAUCAAUUUAGAUACGACUGCUCUACUGUCUUGUUAAAGUUACUAAAAAGGAAUCUCAACUAAUUUCUAUAAAUUGAUAAUUGAUAACACAGCUUUUUAUAUUUGGUCUGCCUUACAGAAUGUACUCAUUUACAGUUUGUUCAUGUUUUUUUGUUUAUAUUGGAUAAACAUUUGUACUAAAUCUUCCUUCGUUAUUGUUUAAGUAGGCUUUAAAAAGUAAGUUCCAGCGAGUCAAGAUGUUGUUAAGUGUAAUUAAACUAGCUGUCAAAAUAGUUAGAAAUUGUCGUAUUAAGUUUGCGAAUUUUAUUUAUAGCAUAUGCUUUCAAGUGUUUACUGAUAUUAAUGCUAGUCAGUCGUGGGAAAAUUACUGAUAGAAGCUUUCAAGAUGCAAUAUGUGUGUUGUUUUUUGUUGUUCAUGUAUUAAAGUUAAUAUAUUUUAUGCCCCCCUUCGAAGAAGAGGGGGUAUAUUGCUUUGCUCAUGUCGGUCGGUCUGUCGGUCCGUCCACCAGGUGGUUGUCAGAUGAUAACUCAAGAACGCUUGGGCCUAGGAUCAUGAAACUUCAUAGGUACAUUGAUCAUGACUCGCAGAUGACCCCUGUUGAUUUUGAGGUCACUAGGCAAAGGUCAAGGUCACGGUGACCCGAAAUAGUAAAAAAAUGGUUUUUGAAUGAUAACUCAAGAACGCAUACGCCUGGGAUCAUGAAACUUCAUGGGUAGGUUGAUCAUGACUCGCAGAUGACCCCUAUUGAUUUUGAUGUCACUAGAUCAAAGGUCAAGGUCACGGUGACCCGAAAUAGUAAAAUGGUUUCCGGAUAACUCAAGAAUGCAUACGCCUAGGAUCAUGAAACUUCAUGGGUAGAUUGAUAAUGACUCGCAGAUGACCCCUAUUGAUUUUGAGGUCACUAGGUCAAAGGUCAAGGUCACGGUGACCCGAAAUAGUAAAAUGGUUUUCGGAUGAUAACUCAAGAACGCAUAUGCCUAAGAUCAUGAAACUUCACAGGUAGAUUGAUCAUGACUCGCAGAUGACCCCUAUUGAUUUUGAGGUCACAAGGUCAAAGGUCAAGGUCACGGUGACCCGAAAAAGUAAAAUGAUUUUCGGAUGAUAACUCAAGAACGCUUUUGCCUAGGAUCAUGACAAUUCAUAGGUACAUUGAUCGUGACUCACAGAUGAUUCCUAUUGAUUUUCAGGUCACUAGGUCAAAGGUCAAGGUCACAGUGACAAAAAAUGUAUUCACACAAUGGCUGCCACUACAACGGACAGCCCAUAUGGGGGGCAUGCAUGUUUUACAAACAGCCCUUGUUUUAAUGCAGUUAGCAAUAUUUAUUGAGGAAUUUUUUCUUGUUUGAAUAAUACAUCUGUUACAUGUUAUUUUACCUGAUUUGCUGUUCAUUUUUCAUUCAUAUAUUGUCUACUGAAUGUAAUAACUAGGGUAACUGACAUUUUGUGAAUUGUUCAGGAAUGCAUAUUUUCAGACAUUUUCCAAAAUACAGUAAGAGCACUUUCGUUAUUUUUUGCGCUCAAAAUAUUUCAGUGUUGAAAUUAUGUUAACUGCUCCUUUCUUAAUUUUUUUAUUGUUUUAAAAAAGACGUAUCAAUUUGGAGUUUUGUUUCGUUUUUCAAGUGUUAUUAUAAUACUAAUCAGGAAAUUUGAAUACGGAAAAAUGUUUAUUAUUUUGAUAAAGCAUUUUUUUGCUUCUCCUGAAAAUUUUACAAAAUGUCAGUUUUGCUACUUUUUACAUUCAGAAAAUGGCAUGUGUUUGUUAAGUCAAUUUUGAAAAUUUGAUAAAAACAUUAUUUUAACCGAAAAGGUUGACUCAAUAUUUUAACAGUUGAUGUAUGUCACGUAAAUAAACACAAAAAUGGCAAAAAGUACAAAUGUAUAAAAAUGUCAGUUACAUGACUUAUAACAUUCAGUAGGUGAUAUGUUUUCUGAAAUAAUACUGAUGUUAAAUAAGUAAACACUUUGAAGUGUUGUUUACUUAUUUGCCUUUGAAUAAUUGCCAAAAUGAUUAGGGCUUUUUUUAUUGAAAAAUAACACAUAACACAAUUUAAUAAAUAAAUAUUGUGUUUAUUUCAUGCACAUGUGUAUGUAUCCACGUUAUUCUUAUUCUGGCUUGUGUCAUUUGGAGUUUAUAUUUCUGUUUCUCUACCAUGUUGAAUAAUAAAUAUCUUUAAUUGUUAUCUUUGUGUUUCUAGAGAUCUGUUAAUUUUUAUUUUACAUACGAUUAGUAAGUUUUUUGUAUGAUUUUACUUUUUUUUAUUUUCUCACAUUUACUUUUUCUGUUAAGAUUGACAUUUGCACUUCUUGUUAUUACUUUCAAAUUGUAGAAAAGCAUGUUUUUUUACACCAUUUACUUUCCUUUAUGAUAUUUAUGUUUUUGAACUGAUAUUAUUUCUAUUUAAUGUAUAUUAAUCUUUUUUUCUCAAGCGUAUCUUUUAUCUUAUCAGAAGUAAGUCCUUUUUAUCUUUAUUCUUUUUAUUCAGUUUGGUGUAACUAUUAUACAAAACCUUGUUAUGGUAAUAUCUUGUUCACCAUUAAACAGAACAAACAUAUAUCCAUACAAAGUUAUAUUUUAGUUACCCAUACAUAGUUACCCAUACAUAGUUACAAGUGUACCUAUACAUAGUUACAUUUAAGUUACCUAUACUUAGUUACAGUUUAGUUACCUAUACUUAGUUACAUUUUAGUUACCGAUACAAAGUGAAAUUUUAGUUACAUAAACAUAGUUACAUUUUUUGGUUCGAAAUUGAAUAUCAUUGUGAAAUAUUACAUUUAUUAUUUGUAACAGCAGCAACAACUGUUUAAAAACUUUAAUCUUGGGCUAACAUCUUAUAAGUAAGUGUUUAAUAAGGAAAUACACUUCCAUAUCUUGGUGUUGUUAUGACUUCAACCAUUAAAUUAUAAGCCUGGGUUGUAAACUCAUGAAUGCAUCAGAUCUGUUUAUUAUGCCCCACCUUCGAAUAAGAGGGGGUAUAUUGCUUUGCUCAUGUCAGUCUGUCGGUCCGUCCACUAGGUGGUUGUCAGACGAUAACUCAAGAGCGCUUAGGCCUAGGAUCAUGAAACUUCAUAGGUACAUUGAUCAUGACUCACAGAUGACCCGUAUUGAUUUUGAGGUCACUAGGUCAAAGGUCAAGGUCACUGUGACCCGAAAUAGUAAAAUGGUUUCCGGAAGAUAAUUCAAGAACGCUUAUGCCUAGGAUCAUGAAACUUCAUAGGUAGAUUGAUCAUGACUAGCAGAUGACCCUUAAAGAUUUUCAGGUCACGAGGUCAAAGGUCAAGGUCACAGUGACCCGAAAUAGUAAAAUGGUUUCCGGAUGAUAACUCAAGAACGCUUAUGCCUAGGAUCAUGAAACUUGAUAGGUACAUUGAUCAUGACUGGCAGAUGACCCCUAUUGAUUUUCAGGUCACUAGGUCAAAGGUCAAGGUCACAGUGACCCGAAGUAGUAAAAUGGUUUCCUGAUGAUAACUCAGGAAAGCUUAUGGCUAGGAUCAUGAAACUUCAUAGGUACAUUGAUCAUGACUCGCAGAUGACCCCUAUUGAUUUUCAGGUCACUAGGUCAAAGGUCAAGGUCACAGUGACAAAAAAACAUAUUUACAAAAUGGCUGUCACUACAACUUAGAGCCCAUAUGGGGGGCAUGCAUGUUUUACAAACAGCCCUUGUUUAUUUCCAGAUAGACAAUUAUUAGUCAUGGCUUUUUUGUAUUCUGAUUAAUGGCAACGAAACAUUCAGCAUUUGCCAGAGGAUAUAUAUUUGAUAGAAGACUUGUUUCGAGCUGUUUAACAAACUGACAAUUGAUAUUUUGCAGCUGACCUGUAAGAAUUAACAAUAUGAAUGUUUGCUUUUAGAAUAACAGAAUAUCUAUCUGAUCAGGAUGAGGGUAAUAUUGUAUAUUUCUGCUCAAUGUUGUUAUUGCCUUUCAUGUUGUAAUAUGUAUAUUCAGAAUCAAGUAUUUUGUUGAAUUCAUAUUGUUCAAUCACAGUUUUGUGUGUUUAUAAAAUCUUGUUGGUAGAUUGUCUUAGAUUGACUGGCAUAAAUCAAAAUCCAUGACCAAUCGGUUUAAUAUUGGCAUAAAAUCAUUUCUAAUAAACAUAAUAUGCUUUGAAAUGUAAAGAUGUAUACAUAUAUAAGAAUCUUAACUCCUUCGUGAUGGAACCGAAUUUUGAAGGCCCUUGCAAACAGUUUGGAUCCAGAUGAGAUCUGAAUGUGGUGUCUCAUCAGGAUCCAAACUGUUUGCUAUUCUGAUAAUAUUCUUUGAAAAAAUGGAAGAAAAUGCUAAUUUAAGAAAUUCAGAAAACAACAUUUUAGCAGACGACAAAUUUCCCAGCAUGCAAAGGGUUAAAUACAUAUCUGACAUCUAGUGCAUUAGCUCCAACUGCUAUAUUCAAAUUGUGUGAGUUUGUUUAUUCAUAAAAUUGUGUUCCUAAAAUUUGUACAGGUGUUAUAAGAUGUGUGAAAAAAAAUAUUGGCCAGUGUACACUAAGUCAUAUGUGAUAAAUUUAAAAAGGUUUUAAUAGAAGCAUUGCUAAUGUGUACUUAAUAAAUAAGGCAACUAUAAUCAGGAUAAACCUUUUUUAAAGUAAUUAAUUCCACUACACAAGUUGUUCAUCCCCUGAGAAAAUCUGAAUGUGUCUUCAAUACCAGAAUUUAGCGAAUAAUGUAUAUGUGUAUAUUAAUAAUUAUUUUAAAAAGUAUACACAAUAAAUGGUUAAAAGUAAUAUAUUCAUAUAUUUUUGACAGUAUGGGAUAUAAAUAAAAUGUAUAAGCCUCAAUUCAGUUUGAUAUUUUUUAUAAGAAGCAAAAAAUUGUCAUAAUUUUUCAUAUAAAAAUAAUUAAUUUAUGAUAAAAGGUAUUACAAGUGACAAGACAUGUACAUUAGUGGAAGAAAAAACUGUGUUAAUAAAAUGCAAGUAUACUUAUUAAAAAUUUGUAUAUCUCAUGUUGUCUUGUUGAUCUGUGAGCUUUGUUUGUUUUGGAUCUUUAUAUAAAAUAAAUAACAUAAACAAA